AGGACCCAGAAUGUUCUGGGAGAGAAGGGCCGUCGGAUCAGAGAGCUGACCGCUGUGGUCCAGAAGAGGUUUGGCUUCCCUGAGGGCAGCGUGGAGUUGUAUGCUGAGAAGGUCGCCACCCGUGGUCUGUGCGCCAUCGCUCAGGCCGAGUCUCUGCGCUACAAGCUGCUGGGAGGCCUGGCUGUGCGUAGGGCAUGCUACGGUGUCCUGAGGUUCAUCAUGGAGAGCGGCGCUAAGGGCUGCGAGGUCGUGGUGUCCGGCAAGCUGAGGGGUCAGAGGGCCAAGUCCAUGAAGUUUGUGGACGGCCUGAUGAUCCACAGUGGAGACCCCGUCAACUACUACGUCGACACAGCAGUCCGUCACGUCCUGCUAAGGCAGGGUGUGCUGGGCAUCAAGGUCAAGAUCAUGCUGCCCUGGGACCCCAGCGGUAAGAUUGGCCCCAAGAAGCCCCUGCCAGACCACGUCAGCAUUGUGGAGCCUAAGGAGGAGAGCCUGCCCACCACACCCAUGUCUGAGCAGAAGGGUGCCAAGCCAGAGGUGCCCGUCAUGCCCCAGGGAACACCUGUACCCACCGCAUAAGAGGGUAAGAAACCGACG